GAAAACUUAUUUGUUUCACAAACCAAACCACAGCAUAUCCACUUUCACUCACAAUUGGGCCUAAUCAUGCCUCCAACCUCUUCCUCAUCCUUAUCCAAAACACUUCCCAAAGUUCCUUCCUAUAAAUAAUUAUUCAAUCACUUUCUCUUUUUCAUCAAACCAAAAAACAAUUAUAUUCCAACAUUUCAAUCAACCACAUAUAACAAAUCAUCAUCAAUUCACAUUAUGUCUGACAUUGCUAUGUUAGUUGCUGAAGAGUAUGAGAGAAGAGUCAAGAAUUUAAAAUCAACAGGUGCUGCUUCUGGUGGUGCUGCUGUAGAAACAUGGGAGAUUAACAUGUUUUCUUGUUAUUCACUAUUGGUUUCUAAGUUGAAGAAUGAGAAGAAGCAACUUGUUCAGUGUGUUUUGGAACCCAAAACUCAGUUUGCUAUUGCUGCUUCUAAUAACUUCUUUUCUGCUUAGAUCAAUAUUUAUUUAUACUUACUCUGUUUUGAUUUUACUUGUUUAUUUUUCUCGAAUUUUUAUGAAAUCUUUUGUACAUGGCUAUGCUUGGAAUUAUAAUUAAGGGUUUUACUUACUCUUCUAA